AUGGUAAAGACAGCUUACCCAGCAAUGUUGAAAUCCUUUGGAAAGGCUCAUAUCCUGGUAGCAACAUUCUUAUGCUUCAUUCCUCUUUCACACUCAAUAUACCUUGGGCAUUUCUCAUGGAAGGUUGGAAAGCUUCCAAGGUUGAUCCAUCAUGACCAGAAGUACAUGAAAUACAUGUAUAACAAGUCAUACAGAGAGAAAUUCUUGUUCCAGCCAGCCCUGAACUGGUACCCAGAUCAGUAUAAUGUGAAAGUUGCCAGGAACGCAAGACAGCUUAGGAAAGGAAGGAAACUCAAUUAAAUGGCGCUUACAAUAUAUU